UUCGGCGCGGCUGUAGAUAAACACGAGCGCCCACCUCACAUUCUUCCGUCUCUCGUUCUUCCGUCGUUCCUUAGGCGCUCACCCCAGCAUUUUUUCUUGGCAUAUAUCGAUUGUGCGCUUUUCGAGGGUUUGGUCCAUGGUUAUUUACAAAGCCACUUAUUGGAACCAGAAACGUUAACCCUUAGUAGUAGUACCCCUCACCACACGUCACCGCACCGCACGGCAGCGAACCGCAGGUCAGCCCGCUACGCGUCCCGGCAAUGUCGCCUCGUAACCCCUCGCAUAACCGCGUCCCACCGUGCAAUAGCGUCCCAACGUCAACGUCGUCGUCCAGUCAGCGCCACAUCGACGACAUUCUCUCCCUCUUCGCGCGGUCCGUAUCCGUCGAUGGCGGCAACUCGUGCUACGCCGCAGGAGCCGCAGGAUCCGUCGUCGCGUCCGAGUCGCCACGACGGUCACCCGCUGGUCAGUUCGCCUCACCCACCUCGUCGCGCCGCCUCGCGGUUCGGCUGCUCGUCGGCGGCGUCGACUCACCGCAAGUACCUUCGCCGCGACUCCCGUCGCCGUUACCGCGCGGUAGUACCGGCGCUACCGGGGGGGUCGAGUCUAUCCCGUCGCCGUCGCCGCGACUGCCGCAGCGAAGGACGCCGCAACGCGCGGAGCACGUUGACGAGCCAGCGGCAGGCAUUCAGGCAGCUGGACGGCAGCCGCCGCGGAAUCCGGGCCACAUCUCUCCCUCCUCGCCUUCGUCGCCCAAUCCGCGGCUUUCCCGCGAUGAACGGCGCGAUGAACGGCGGCGCUUGCGGAAGGUUUCGCAGUCGGAGCGUCCCGAGAGGCCGAGCCGCUACCAUUCCUCCUCAUCCCCGCUCGAGCCGCAACAGGCGCAGCAGCAGCAGAAAACGAAGCAGCAGCAGAGGGGGAUAUUAAAGACGUCGCCGCCGCGCGAGGACACAUGGGAGGUAUGCGACGAGCUGAGUCGCAUGAGCGCCGCUGCGAUGGCUGCGUCGCCGUCAUCCCCGUUAACAGCAACCUCGCGAUUCCGUAAAAGCAAGCACAGUACUGGCAGCACCAACACUACUGCUGUGGAAGCGGUAACAGCGGGGCUUGAGGUGACCGCAGCAGCUGCAGCAGCGGCAAACGCGGCGAGGGACGGGCAAUGGCUGGCGAGCGGAUUUGAGGAGCUUCAGAGUAAGCUCGAGUCGUUUUCGCGCACCACGCAGCAACUCGCGGUGUCGCUGGAAGAGGCUCGGAAGGACGCCCGCGAAUCGCGGGCAGCCAUGGAUGCGGCGCAGGCGGAGCGCGAUUUGCUGGUGGUUGAAAUGGAGGCCACGCUGGCAGCGUGGUCCACGUCAGACGCGGAAAAGGCGGAGGAGAUGGGACGGAUGGAGGAAGAGAAAGCAAGAGUGGAGAGGGAGAAUGGGGAGUUAAGGCGCGAGUUAGUGGAGUUUAAGAGACAGAGCGGGGAGAUUAAGAGGCAGCUGGAGGUGAUGCGAGCAGAGAGGGAUGCGGCUGUGACCCAUGCUAGGGUUGCUGUGGCCAGAGCGGCUGCUGCUGCUGCUGCUGCUGCUGCUGCUUCUGGUGCUAACGGUGCUAACGGCUCAAGUGAUUCUUUGUCUCCUGAUGGCUCUCGCCUUCCCCCUCGUCACCGGUGCUUCAUGCCCCUUCUGGUGGAUCAAGCUGAGGAUGACAGCAAUAGCAGCAGCAGCAGCACUGGCACCACCGCCAGUAGCGGCAGCACUGGCAGCAGCAGCAGCGGCGGCGGUGGUAGCACUGGCAGUAGCACCAGUGGCAGCAGCAGCAGCAGCAGCAGCAGCAGCACUGGCAGCACUGGCAACAGCACCGGCAGCUCUGGUAGGUUGAGGAAGGGUCAUCGGUCGCACGACGCUCUGCUGGCUUAUGCAAGUGGGGUGGGGAGUGUGGUGGGGAGGGGGGGCCAGCAGGGGGAGAACGUGGAAGGGAGGAUGGUAGGUGUCAGUCAGAAGCAUGUUCAGUGGUCGGAGCAGUGCUGCUGAUUGGUUGCACUUGACACUGAGUGAUAGUGGUACUUGUGAUAUGCGUAAUGGAGGAGUGGACUUGUGCUGCAGAGCUGGUAUGGUACUUGUGAGCUUCUAUGAUUUCCACGGGCUACUCAUGACCAUCUGACCUGAUAUGGCCCAGCUAGUACCUAGGUGUGUGGGGGACUGCAGCUGUUGCAGUCAUACCAAAUUCUACCUGUUGUUUUGUGAAGCCUUGGUAGGUCGAGAACUGGCUUUUCUGACCUGUACCGCAUUGUUGCUAAGGGGGUGUAUCAAGUAGCUGAACUGAAUAGCAUGACGUCAAGUAACCGGCUCCGGAACCGUACUGUACCGCGUUGCGACAUCAGGUCAGCUGCCGCUGUUUUCCUUACACUUGAUACACGCCCUUUCAUCUGAUUGAUGCAUUGACACCUGGUGUCAGCCUGACCGGGGCAUUUGCAACUGGUGUGA